UGGCACUGUUGCAUUGUGAAUACUCCAAAUUUGUAACCACAUUCAAUAUUGUGGCAGUAUUCCUGUUGAGCGAUUUUAAAAAAUUGCGCCGUUAAGAAGCAGGUGGCAGUAUUCACGCGGGGGAUCUUGCAUUCCAAUCGCUAAGAUGCUUAGUGUGGCGUGUGGUCGAAAUAUUUUCAGUUUUAGUUCGGUUUUUUAGUAAACAGGUUAUGUUUUUGUUGUCAGUUCCCGGCGAAUGUUUAUUCACAUAAUUUUAGUUUAUUGUUUACUUACAUUGUAAUAAAUUUGCGAUAAUAAUAAAACAAAUUAUGUCAAGAGGAAAAGAGCUUGUAUUUUUAGCAUUACAAAGUAAACAAUCUGAACAUCGAAUCGUAAGUAACCUUAUUAUUCUUAAAGUUUCUAGACAUAAAUCUAUCAAUACCAAUCUUUUAUAUUAAUUGAUUUUGUGAUUUAAUUUUAAUUAUAAGCAAUAUAUGAAUUAUCAUUAAAAUUUUUCGUAAAUUUUGUUCUAGGAAGACGACAAAUUUCUUGUAGAAAAUAAUGAUGUUUUUGUGGAGUCUGAAACUCAACCACUACUAAGAAAAAAUAAGACUAACGAGUUAACUGAACCAGAUAAUAAUGCCAACAUUAAAGUGCUAAAGGUUGAGUUCUUGCAAAACCACCUUCCACCUAAUUUACCUGAGGAGACUUCGUAUGAAUUGGAAUUACUUGAUGGCAUAAUUUUAGAGGACAACAAUAAUUGUUAUAAUCUUAUGAAUAAUGAUAAUAUAUUUACUAACGAUAACGAGAUUAUAGCUGAGCUCAAUUUGCCAACACAAAUAGAAUUUGAGGAGGAAUUACAAAACCCAGAUACAGCAGAAAAAACUGUUGACGUGGUACCAGAAUCAGCUACGGAAACUAUAGAUGUAGUUUCAGAACCAGUGGAGGAAACUAUUGACGUAGUUCCCGAACCAUCCGAGGAAACUAUGGAUAUAGUUGAGGAUCCGCUUAACGAAGCCAACAGUACAGAACCAACACUGACAAGAAAGAAACGGCAAAAUAAAUCUCAGUGGAAAAGAAACGAGGCCAAAGUUAAAAGAAACAAAGGAGAACAAUACGUAAACAAGCUUGGCAAUGUGGUACCACCGAGAACUGUCCAAUCAGGUGAAAAUACAUGCAUUUGUAAACUCUUUUGUAGAUUCAAGUUUACUGAUGCAGACAGGCAUUAA